AUGGAGCUGCCCUUCCAGAGCCGGCCACAUGACUCGCUGCGGCAGGGGCUCUGCAACCUGCGGGAGGACGUGCUGCCGCAGCACCCCGUGCAGACCAUCCAGGAGAGCGGCCGCCCCGAGGCCGCCAUCGCCGGCAAGGCGCAGAUGCUGCGACAACUCUACGGGGUAGCUCUGCCUGCAAAGAUGCAGAUUGAGCAGCAGAUCCUUGGCCGCUUCGCGCGCCUGCCCGGCGCGCUGCCGUCGUCCAAGCUCGGCCUCGAGUCCCUCACCGGCGCCCUGGACGAGUUUGGAUUCGAGUCUUACCUUGGGCAGCCCUCGGAGUCCGAGACCGCGCCCCCAGACAUGCACUCGCAAAUGGAGACGCGGCUAGGGCUCGCGGCGGUCACCAAGCCACUGGGGCGCGGCAUCAUCUGA